UUUCUCUCCCUCUGUCUAUCAGAUCAAAGCCCAUGACAAAGGAUCAGUAUGAUCAACAGAAGAUUGAGCAGAUUAGAAAAGAAGCCGAGAGACAAAAAGAUCUAUCAAAGAAAUCCUUUAAAAUGUUCAAGAAGCGUUGUGCUGCUGGUAGCCACACCUCCUCAACCCUGGCUCCAUUGAAACCCAAAGCCCCCACUCAACCGGUUGAGUUUCAUUUCAAAACGGACGAGAGGUUUAAGAACACGCCUACCAGUCACGCCUCCUCAUCUAACGAGUCUCCAUUUCCUAAUAAUCUUCGUGUUAACGAUAAACCAGAAUACAUCCCCAACGAUCCUUCAGAGAGGAAGCCCUCAACCCCUAGAGCCCCCACUAAACCGAAGCCCUUUAAGUUCCAAACUGAGACUCGUAUUCGCUCCAGAGGUAUCACUCCGCCCACUGAUAAAUUUGUAUCGAGAGCCGAAUUCACAGAGAAAUACGAGAAAGGGACCCCACCUAGGUUUAGGAUGAAGCGACCUCGAAGAUCCCUAAGCAGUGAGAGAGACUAUUACAGUACUAGGGUCACAGUGGCAGUGACUCCUAAACUGACUGCUAGACACAGGAGCAGGUCACCUCAUGUGAUGAGCACUGCUGAGAAAGAGGAGAGAAUGAUGGAGGAGUUUAAGAAGAAUCAGUUCAAGGCUCGUCCCGUUCCCCCUAAUCUCUUCAAAGGUACUGAUCAGUGUACUGCAGGGGUACCUCAGGUAUCCACACUGAACAAGAUACCACUGACUACUCCAGUAUCACCUAAUAUCACCAAACCUGCUGCUAGUAAGAGAGACUUUUGUGAUGAGGAGAAGGAGCAACAACCACAAGAGAAGAAAUUUAAA